UGCAGUUUUUCUCGGCGACCACAAUUUUGACAGGUCGCGCAUUCUCUUCGCGGAGGCAUCAAAACUUUUGGUAGAAAAAUUUGUUACAAGCCGCAAAAUCUUUUCCUCACGUUUCGGAUAGCAAUUUCAUUCGGAUUCGCUCGAACAGGGUGAGUUUUCGCUAGGUCCGGUGAGUGUAUUCCGAUCCGGUGUCGGUAGUUGCCAGAAAUCGUCCGGAACGCAGUUCCCUAGGCGAAUGUGUGUGUGAUUGAAGUUUUGGGACAGCAAGCGGAAGCCAAACAGAGGGGCGAUUUGUUUUCGUUUUCUCGGUCCGGAGGCUGCGGGAUUGCAAUUGGAAGGUGUGCGUGCGAAUGGUUUAAGGCCUCUUUAUCGCGUUCUCGAUCCGAAAAGAUUGUUCCGAAAGUGGUUAUGUAGCCGGAACGGGUUUUACCUAGACAGCCGGAAGUCAAAAGUGCAAAGUGCGUUUUUGUUUACGUUCCUCCCGGGGAAAGAUUCUUCUUGGAAGUGUUGUGCAAGUUUCCCGCUUUGAUUGGCCUUGAAAAGGUGGUACUGCAGAGAAGAAAAGGAACGUGCCACGGAAGAGGCCUUCAAUGGCUGGCCAUAGCUGACGGGAACAAAUCGAGCCAAAUGCCCGUUUAUGAUGAUGAGUGCAAUUUGAGAAGAAGCUGAAACAAGAUCGGGAAAACAGGAAGUUUAAUUUAAGCAAAAAAAUGUCCAAAACGACAACGCUUUCUGUGACUGCUACGGCAGCGGUAGGGAAAAGCAGUACUGGUGGAGGGGGAGGACGAAAUGCAGCUACGGCAGGGGAGUUUGAUGUCCCUGCUUUCGAACAGAAGCUCAAAGAGCUCAAGGACACCCAGGACAGUAUCCAGCAGCUUUCGGCGUGGUGUCUGCAGAGAAGAACUCACCACAAGAAGAUCGUCAGCAGCUGGCUGAAUGUGCUGAAGCAGGUGAAAGUGGAAAACCGUCUCACGCUGUUCUACUUGGCAAACGAUGUCAUCCAGUACAGCAAGCGUAAAAACUACGAAUACGUCGAUAGCUGGGGAACGUAUCUACAGAAGGCGACCACCUUGGUUCGGGACGAAAAGGUGAAGCACAAAAUCCUCCGAAUCUUCAAGAUCUGGGAACAACGCGAGAUCUACAACGAUGAGUUUCUGGCUGACCUGAACGGUUUACUCAGUGCUACAUCGGCCAAGAAGAGUGACUCGUCUACGAGUGUUACUUCGACGACCGCACCGGCCACUACGGGUUCACAAACCGUCACUCUGGCAAGUGGGCCAUCGCGGUUGACGGAACAAACCAAAAGCGUCGUCAUCACGUUGGAUGUUGACGAUUUCCAGAGUGCUUCGCUGGUUUCGACCAUCAAGGAUUGUGUCAAAAACGAAACCGAUACGGAUACGACGUUCAAAAGCCUGAACAAGACACCGCUGGUUGAUGUGGAGAUGGUCCGGAACUCCAUCAAGGGAAAAGAACGAAAACGAGUUGAAGAUAUCGAACAUGAGAUUGAAGAGAAUCUGGUUCAUUACCAAAGUUACGUACAUAGUUUGAAAACGGAGAUCAAAUCGAGGAAGCUGCUUCUAAGUUUGCUGGAACAAGCUGACACGUUCUACCACAAUCAACGAGGGGAGGUCAAAGUUGUGGUGAAUGCCUAUCGAAAUUUCGGCAACCGACUGAAGAGCAUGAAGAAGAAGUUGGACGAGCUGACGACGACUUUGCCGAGUCCGAUGCCGUCGCCUGAUAUCAAUGCACCUUCGCCGGAGCCGGACAUGGAUCUGCAGCUGCCCGACGAUCAGAGCUUCUUUAACGUCAACGGGAUGAUGAACAGCUACAUGGACGGAAAUCUGCCGUUCGAUAUCAACGAUUUCCGGAGAGAUUCUCCAACGACGAGUGCGGUGCAAUCUAUACAAGUGAUUAACUCCAGAAAGGAAGAAUCGGAGGGAGUAAAUGAUUUUCUAAAAACGUUUUUCCCAGAUACGCCCAGUAGCCAGCACUACGGCGGCGCUGGUCGCGGUGUUGGACCCCCGGUCGGAGGACCCCCACCUCCUCCAACGCGUAAUUCCGCUGGUUCUGGUCCGUAUGUUCCGUCGCACAGUAGCAGCUCUUCGCUGGAGGAAUACGGCAAUGGUGCUGGCGGUCCUGACUAUACGUCCGGGCUCAACAGUUACGGAGUUUCGUCGAACGUUGUGGUAGGUGGUGGUGGUGCUGACUAUGGACUUGGUCCACGUCCAAACAAUCACCACAAUAUGGGUAUGGCGCGCAGUUACGGUGCAGGGCCACAGUACAAUCAGCCAAUGCUUUCGGAUUAUCCUGCGGGUAGAUCUCAACCUGGGGGUCCACGAGGGCCCCAUCUUCCGCCCCCUGCCCCCGUUAACCUGGAUCGAUCUGAUGAGUACAACUCAACGUGGGAUAUGUCGAUGACCUGGGAUGGUCCACAUGAUUCAUCUUUCCAGAGCUUGGACACUCCUGUAUCGCCUCCUCAUUACGAAAGGAAAGGUGUGAAUUCGAACGUGAUCGAGUACAUCGAUGGCGUCAACGAAGAUGGCCCACUGCAGGAUGUAGAUCACCGACAACUUCCCAACAUGCCAAUACCCGCCUUCAUGAAAGAUAAGGGAAGGUUGAUGGACGUAGAUCAUCGCAAUCUUAUUUCGUUAACGGGUUCACCGGGUCCACUGCUAAGCAAGUCCGGGUUGGAUGAUCUCGAGGACAUUGACGAUGAUGACGACGAUGAUGUGCUGCUGUUAGAAGAAAAUGAUAAAACGGAUUCCAAAUCGAAGGAACAACCCGUUCCUGCCCCUGUGUCACCGCCGGCCAGGACAAAACUGGCCGAACCUUCGCUAGGUGCUUUUCCGUGGGGUACUGGCACAGGUGAUGUCGAUCUGAGGCAAACCAAUCUAAAUCUUUUGGGACAUGCAUCUAUCGCGAUAGCUCCGACGACCAGCAGUAGUAGCACAAGUAUAGCCACAAGCUCCACCAGUGAACCAAAGGAUCUCGACAUGCGGAUACAGUCGAUGCAGCAAACGCUCGAUUCUCGAUUUGGCGGAGGUGAAUCCCAAGAUGAGUCCAAAGGAGCCGAUGAUGCUCUACAACUGUUGCAGACACCAACCUCUUUGCUGGAAAUUGACGAUUUUUUGCAAAACUUUGAACGGGAAAACUUCGAUUUGAGUAAACCGCCGACGGUUCUGAUGAGCAAUCAAACCGAGUCGUCACCAUCACCGCCACCUUCUCUGAUGGACGUGACCGCAUCAACACCCAAAAACGCUGCGCAGAUAAGUAAUGACGCCGACGAACACUCUGGACCACCAACGGAUAACAAUGAGAGUGUUGAUAUGGAUCUCUCCGACGAGGAAUACGUCCCGGAGCAUCCCACGGAAGCGUCGACAGCGUUACACGACGAACCGAUAGAGGACUCAACGGAACCGUACGAGCCCUUCGAAGGAGAAGACAUCGACGAUGCGUUUAUGCCUUUGAUGAAUCCCACGCUAUCGAGUCAAGACGAAAGUGUAGCGAGCAUACCAACGCCUCCGGUGAUUCCUCAGAACCAGCCGGAGCAACAACAGCAACCACAACAAAUUCCGCUACCUCCGCAACAACACAGGCCACCGUUACUGCCCGAUCCGGAAUAUCCGCCGCCGUUUGCAUUUCAAGCGCAACAGCAACAGCCCCAACGGAAGCAGUGGGACAUGCCCCCACCUCAGUUCAACAACUUUGGGUCUGGCCUGCCGAAUCUGGCCGAUCUGGCUAACUUUGGAGAGUUCCCGAACUUGGCGGCGGGUCUGAACAAUCUGAAUCCCCCGCAACCGGCGGGACUUCCGCCCCAUAUGUGGAACAACCAGCAGCAGCCACCACCGAUGGGGCCAAUGGGGGGCGGAGGUGGUCCAAUGGGGGGCAAUCAGUUCAACUCGCCCAACAGGCCACCUUUCGGGGGAUCGCCGUUCAACAACAAUAACAACAAGAUGAACAACUUCAGGAACCACAACAACAACAGCUGGGGAGGAGGUGGUCGAGGGGGCGGUGGAGGCGGUGGGCCCCGACAUGGAUCGCCCUACUUCCGAGGAGGCGGUGGGGGAGGACGGGGUAAUUUCCGCGGUGGCAACAACAAGUUCCGCGGUGGACACCACAAUAACAAUCGAGGUGGAAACUGCACAGUUCCACCCAAAUAGAACAAAAAGAAAAUCAAUUGAAACAGUCCGUUAAGUGAGUGCAGAUUAGAAACAUAACAAAAAACCUCAAAUUAUAACUUGGUUAGAUUUUAGGCGAGUCUUUAGGGUACGGUUCCGUAUACUUCAUCGACGUUGUAAAUAUGUAUGUGUGCAUGUGAGAUCAUCUGCAAAUCAAACGCAGUAUAAAAGAGUACGUUUUUCAAGGCUGCAUAUAGUCAAAUAGACAGACAAGUUAAGAGUUUAAGGUACAUAGGAGGAGUAUAUUACCUGUGUGUUAAUUAACAACUAACGGUUUUUCUCUCACCAUUAUCAACGCCCAUUCGCUAGGUUAGAUUCGUUCUUACGAAACGGUGGCGACAUUCUUGAACUCAUUGACCGGUUCGCCCCCCGCUAGUGCAGAUGAAGGAAGUUUAACGAACCUGCCCAGCUCACAAACACAACCAAUUUUAAAAUACAGUUUGUAAAAUAGUCAAAACCCGAACGGACAGGGCCCGUUCGACACGAACUACUUUUCUAUGUUGAAUUCGUAAAUCAAAUUGUUAACAAUUUAUCUUCUAAACUGUAGCUUUCGGCAAAUAAUGAUUUGCAAAAGUGCACUCACAUCUAGAGUUUAUUAAUAAUAAUGUCAUGAAUAUGACACAAAUGUAGAAACAGACUUACUGAAACAAAAGGAUCAACUGUAAAUAUAGGUAUACAUGAUAGUGCUCUGUAUUCAAACGGAAAGUGUGCAUGUGUUUCAAACCAGCAAGAUUACUCUCUAGCAAUAGAGUGAACCUAUAAGGCAGAAGUUGGUUUUUGAUCGUCCUGAGCUAGUUAAGUUGAUGCAUUAUAUUAUGAAACAAAACAAACAAAAAGGUAACAAAAUAAAAUAAAGAUAGACACAAUUUUGAAAUAAUAAAA